UGAAAUCAAAUCUGCAUGCUCCAAAUCCACCCUUCAAUGGAUCCGAUAUCCGGAUUUUGUCACCGAACCCGAAUUUACACUUGCCUUAGACCCCCCAUCCCCUUGCCCCCCGUCGACCAACCGCUUUCCGUCUCCGAAUUCUGUCUCCAGACUUCCACCGGCGGCGCCACCACUUUCGUCGUCAACGCAACCACCGGCGAAUCCUUAUCUUUCUCUCAAUUCUUUUCUCAAGUCCGUUCCCUCGCUUACUCUCUACAACAACGUUACUCUCUGCUGUGCCAAAACAACGUCGCUUUCGUUCUAUCUCCACCUUCGAUUCUUAUCCCCGUGGUUUACUUCGCUUUGUUGUCGUUGGGAAUCAUCGUUUCUCCAGCUAAUCCACUCAGUUCCGACUCGGAGAUCGCUCACCAGAUCCAGCUCAGCAACCCGGUUGUUGCCUUCGCUACUUCAGAAACCUCCCAUAAAAUCCCAACUCUUAAACACGGAACUAUUCUCCUCGACUCGCCCGAGUUCAUUUUAUUGUUAACUCAGUCCGAUAUCAAUGACGAUGCCGUUAAAACAGUCAAGGUAAACCAGUCCGACACGGCUGCGAUAUUGUAUUCUUCGGGAACCACCGGGAGAGUCAAGGGUGUGAUGAUUACUCACCGCAACCUGAUCGCAAAGAUGACGGUGACUCGUUUCUUCAACACGAACCAAGGCGGAAGUAACGAGGAGCCCCCGCGGUCGGUGACGUUCAUCACGGUGCCUUUUUUCCAUGUGUUCGGUUUCUUUAUGUUGUUGGCCGCGGUCUUCUCAGCAAACUCAGUGGUUAUUUUGGAGAGGUUUAAUUUCGAAGAAAUGCUGAGAGCAGUUGAGAAAUACAAGGUUACAAGCAUGCCGGUAUCGCCGCCGCUUGUGUUGGCGUUUGUUAAAUCGGAAUUGACAAAGAAGUGCGACUUGAGCUCGCUCCAGGGGCUUGGCUGCGGCGGCGCUCCGCUUGGGGAGGACAUUGCUCAGCGGUUCAAAGAGAAGUUCCCCAAUGUGCUGUUGGUGCAGGGGUAUGGGUUGACCGAGACAGUCGGCGGAGCAACCAACUUUAUCGGUUCAAAGGAAGCAACUCAAUGCGGUUCCGUCGGCCGCCUCGUCGCAAAUAUGGAAGCGAAGAUAGUUGAUCCUGAAACCGGUGAGGCACUGCCUCCCGGACAAAGAGGAGAGCUUUGGUUGAGAGGGCCAAUAGUCAUGAAGGGGUAUGUUGGUGAUGAGAAGGCAACUGCAGAAACCUUGGAUUCCGAAGGCUGGUUAAGAACCGGCGACAUUUGUUAUUUCAAUUCCGAGGGGUUUCUCUACAUUGUCGAUAGAUUGAAGGAAUUGAUCAAAUACAAAGCAUAUCAGGUCCCUCCAGCUGAAUUGGAACAUUUACUUCUUUCCCAUCCUGAAAUUGUUGAUGCUGCUGUGAUUCCGUUCCCGAACGAAGAAGCAGGGCAGAUUCCGAUGGCGUAUGUAGUGAGGAACCCUGGAAGUAGCAUUACAGAGACACAGGUCACGGAUUUUGUUGCAAAACAGGUUGCGCCGUACAAGAAGAUCCGACGAGUCGCUUUCAUAAAUUCGAUACCUAAAUCUCCGUCCGGGAAGAUCUUGAGGAAGGAACUGGUUGAUCGUUCUCUAUCCGCCGUGCUGUAACUUUCUUUUUGGUAG